CACAUCGAUAAUGAGACAAAACUGAAAUCUUGUUGAAAGAAUUCGGGAAAAAUCAAGAUUUUUAAACCGAAAAAAUGCCUUUUGGGGUAAAACCACUAUGUGCUACAUGCAAAACAAACACUUCAACAAUGUGGCGGAAGAAUUCGCAGGGAGAAGUGCUAUGUAAUUCUUGUGGACUGAAGGUUUUGAACGGCGGGAAAGAGGUCCUUCUCGCAGGGCCUGGGUCGGUGGUCUCUGGGACAGCUGGUAACGGGAACAUGCCGGUCACUUCCACAGAACGUGAACGUGAAACGUCGACCUCUUCCAGAACACAGGUGAAAGAAGAAAAGACUUCAACCAGUAAUAACACAGGUGUUCGGAAGAGUGCUAGAAUAAAGCCGUCGAAGAACAGGGUUCAAAAUUCGACCAAAUCUUUGGCGACAAAGGGAAAAAAUAGAAGGGUUAUUUUUAAGAAAAAUCCCAUAAAAGCAGCUGUAUCAGUAGCAACCAUUGUUACCAGUGAUUACAUCUUCUUCAAGGGUAUGUACUGGCAAGUUGGGGACAUAGUUUCACUGAUGGAUCAUGGAGGGGGAAUCUACUUUGCUCAAAUCCGUGGUUUCCUUCAAGACCAGUUUGCCCAGAAAAGUGCUGUGAUCACGUGGCUGCUACCUACCACAGAGAGCAAGAAAGAUGAAUUUGACCCAGCUACUUUCAUUCUAGGUCCCGAGGAGGAUCUCCCAAGAGUCCUGGACUGUAUGGACUUUAUAUGUCAUGCUCCCUCGGACUAUUUUCGUGCCAAGGUGGCCCCUUACCCCACCCUACCUACUAAGCCAGACUUGGGCUUUAUCUGGACCCGUGUGGGACCCAAGAUAACCAAGUUACCUACUACUGAUGAAAUAUUUAGUGGAACUGUAGAAACUGAUGAUAUUCAUGUUAAGAGUGAGACAUAAUAUUUAUGUACGCAGAGAGAGAGAGAGAGAGACUGCUUAUGUACAUAUGCCAAUAGAGAGAUUUAAUUGUAAAUUUUUUUUAUUCAUGUGGAAAUGUGAAUAGUACAAUGGAGAGUCUUGUUCAUUGUACAUUUUUUAUAUUCAUAGGGAAAUAUGAAUAGUACAAUAAACCGGAAUUGUACAAGUUCAUUGACUUUUUUAUAACUUAUUAAGACUUUGGAAUUUUCUCCAUUUAAAAAAAUGUUAACGGAGGUAUUUUCAAAUUACAAUCGCAAGGUAAAUUCAGAAAUGAGUUUUGACCCCAAUUUUCUAUAUAAAUGCAAGAUAUCGAUCAGACAGUUCUGAAAUGUUCUGAACUUCACAGAUGACAGAAACAUGGUCGCCUUAGCUUUACUUCGAUUUAUUAUAACAAAACAUGAAAAUGAUGAGAUGAGCACAGGUAAUAAAUACACAGAGUAAAACAGUACAAUGGGCAUGUACUUAAUAAUAAUAGUAAUUAAAAAAAUUCUAAUAACAUGCUAUACGAUACUUCAUGUACAGCAAAUCUAACACAUGCCAUACUAUAUCUGUAUAUAGCAUACAACUAAUGGCCUAUACCAUAUUUACAAAUACCUAUAAUACAUAAAAUGAUGAAUGGAAAUGUACAAUGCACCUUAUUUAAUCGUGAGCACACUCGACACAAAAUGCAGAAAUCAAUAUAUCACCUGAAGCAAAUCUGUGGUCGACCACUUCUUUUCCCCAUGUUAUUUGUCUCAUAACUUCCACCAAAAUGGUCCACCUAGUAUCAUGAUGAAGCUUUGAUAUAUUGCCUCAAAUUUUAACACAAAGGGUGAUACUUAAAUGAGGUUAUCCAGUAGUCCUUGCAUAGAAUGUCCCAGCAGAAACUGGACACCCGUGAAGAAGGUACUGAAGCGGAAAGUUCUGGUCCUUUAUAAUGACAAGGAAUAGAAUGUGUCUAAAACAGACUUGGCAUACAAUGGACAAGAAUAAGACCCAAUUAGGAUUUUAAAUGUCAAAGAGUGCAUUCCCAUAGAUUUAGAUCGAUCUAUCCAGAUCGACCUAACUCCUUGGGGGUUCACGCUAAAUUGCGG